GGCACAACGAAAAUGGCUGAUGAUGUAGGUCGAAAGUAUUUGCGAAUCGCAAUCCGAUUCAUAUCCUUCGCUCGUUAAUAUUUCUGCGAAUUCCUUCCAUUUAGUGGUGUUUGUUUCAGUAUACCUUUAAAGUAUUAGUGAUUUCUAUUCGAACUUUAUUAUUAGUACAUAACGAAUAAGUGGCGAACGAUAAAAGUAAAAGGACGUUUCAAAUAUUCUGACGAAAGUUCCGGAAAGCAGUUGAUCGUACCACUGAAUUUUUCGUACGGAAGGUCGUGUUUUCGGAGAAAAUACAUAGGUAUUUCAUCAACUUUAACUGAAUAUGACUGAUGAACAUCAGUUGCCUUCUGAUUCUGAUGAAGACGACGAAGAUUAUGUUCCUGAUGGUGCAGACAGUGAACCUGUAUCAGAAGUAGAAUCUGAAGGUGAUGUUGAAAGUGGUCCUGAAGAUGAGAAUGAUGAAAAUAAAAGAGAAACCACAAAGAAGAAAGGGAAGAAGAGAGGCAAGGUGACAAAGUCUAAGACUAAAAGACGUAGAACAGCAGGAAAGAACUUGAAGAAUGAAGAUGAUGAGAAGGAUGAAGAGGAAGAUAAUAAAGAAUCUAAAGAGAAAAAGGAACGUACCGAAGAGGAAGAAAAGAAAAGAGCUGAUUCACUGUGGGCUGAUUUCAUGAAAGAUACAGCAGUUGGAUCUAAAUCCAAGCCACAAGACACAAUAAAUAAACCAAAAGAGAAAUCCCCUCCCUUAGAAAAACCAAAAGUGGAAGAAAAAGUUAAAAUAACUAAGGUUUUUGAAUUUGCUGGUGAAGAAGUGAAGGUUGAAAAGGAAGUGCCAAUAGAUUCAGCAGAAGCUAGACUAACUCUUUCUUCUGCAGAAAAUUCGGAGAAAAGUGGGAACACUGCUUCUCCUACAGGAAAAGGGUCUGGCAGAGGGAAAGGUUUUAAAAGGGCUGGUUUAGGAGGUAUUUCUUCAGUUCUUACUCAAAUCGGGAAAAAGGCAAAGAUUAGUACCCUAGAAAAAUCCAAGUUAGAUUGGGAUAAUUAUAAGAAAGAAGAAAAUCUGGAGGAAGAGAUUACUACCCAUAAUAAAGGCAAAGAUGGGUAUUUAGAACGCCAGGACUUCUUACAAAGAGCCGAUCUACGACAGUUCGAAAUUGAAAAACAGUUGCGUAAUACGAACAGACGUAGUUCACGGUGAAUUUUCACUUUAACGCUGUGUGUGUGUGUAUCUUCCUUAGCAAUGAGACUCAGAGAUGGUACUAAGAGAAAUACUUUAUUAGACUUAGCUCUGGACGCUUAUACCACAUACUUAAUCUAAUUCCUGGAACUUUCGUCGAUAUCUCAUACCAUACACGAAAAUGUGAUUGCCUCGCUUGGCUUGACAAUUGGCCGGAUUUAUUUACGAAGUGGUCGAAAGCCAAUUCUGUGAGAAGAGACUGAUCAUUCCAAUGUAUUGAGAAUAAUACAGUAUGUUAUGUAAUAGUUUAAUUUACCAUCCACGAGCUUUGUCUCGAAUCAUUAUAUCACAGAACUUCGCAUCGAAGCAGGAUGUUUGAAGCUUGAUGCUUCAGAAACCAAUAUAUGUAUUUUAAUCAA